AUGGGUGGAAGAGUUGAUAGAACAGUAAAUCAAGGUGGUGGUCCACCUGUGUAUCGUCUGAAUGGCCAAAACUUUCACUUAAUUGGAAGCUUGCAACCUGUGGAUGGUGCUACACCAAAGUUUGCACAAUUGUAUAUCCAUGACACGGAAAAUGAAGUUAACAACCGUCUUACAUCAAUAAGGAAUGACAUUGUUAGUUCAUCAAUAGAGAUAGAGGUUGUUAAUGAUAUAAAGGCAGCUUUAGACGAGCAUAAUGUUUUGGUUAAGUCGUUUCGAAUGGCCAGAAGUGAGAUUCAAAAAAAUCCUAGAACUGAAAUAAGGAUGAGACUAAUAGGAAAGAGGUCCAAAGAUGCAAGGACAUAUAAUCUACCUACAGUCUUCGAGGUUGCUGCAUUGAUAGUUGGCAAUUUAGACCCGAACAUGGGUAUGCGAGACAUUAUAGUUGAGUGUAAGUCAGGAUUGCUUAAGAGGAUUAAUGAGCUCAACCCUGCGUACUUACCAUUGCAGUAUCCUUUAUUGUUUCCUUUUGGAGAAGAUGGAUAUAGGGAUGAUAUACAAUUUUGUACAAAUACUAACGAAGUGGGUGGUAGCAGGCAACGUAUAUCCCCAAGAGAGUAUUUUGCUUUUAAAAUACAUGAAAGGCGAAGUCAACUUUCAACCUUAUUGCAUGCAAGGAGACUGUUACAACAAUUUUUAGUUGAUGGGUACACAAUGGUGGAAGCAGGUCGUCUACUAUUCAUCCGUAACAAUCAAAAGGCAUUGUGUUGUGAAGUGUACAAAGGUUUGUCUGAUGCAUUGUUUAGAGGAGAUAUAGACCCUUCAACGCAAGGGUAUCCAAGCUUAUCCAUUACAUUCACAUGUAACCCAAAGUGGCCGGAAAUUCAACGAUAUGUUCAACUAAGAGGUUUGAGAGCCGAGAAUAGACCAGAUAUUGUUGCACGAAUUUUCAAAAUGAAGCUUGAUUCAUUAAUUAAAGAAUUCAAGGCUGGGCAAUUAUUUGGUCCGGUAAAAGCAUUGAUCUACACAAUUGAAUUUCAGAAACGGGGAUUACCUCAUGAUCAUAUACUUCUUUUUCUUGGUUUGAACACAAGUAUUCCAUGUCAAACUACAGUUGACUCAAUAAUCUCCGCUGAAAUCCCGAGCAAAGAAUUAGAUCCUAAGUACCAUCAAGCAGUCGAGGAGUUUAUGUUACAUGGUCCUUGUGGUGUUGCUAAAAAGACAUCUCCACGCAUGGUAAAUGGACGAUGUUCUAAACAUUUUCCCAAAAAAUUUGUGGAAAACUCAAAUUUUGAUGCAGAUGGUUACCCAAUAUAUAGAAGACGGGAUGAUGGGAAAACAAUUACCAAGAAUGGUAUUCAGUUGGAUAACAGAUAUGUGGUACCCUAUAACAGAUACUUGCUUUUGAGAUACAAGGCAUAUAUGAAUGUGGAGUGGUGCAACCAAUCUAGAUCUAUCAAAUACUUAUUCAAGUAUGUGAACAAGGGAAAUGAUCGCGUCACUGCUGAAUUUUAUAAAACAACAUCAAAUGCAGAUGGUGUACCAUUAGUGGAUGAGAUCUACAUGUACUAUGAUUGUAGAUACGUUUCUGCAUCUGAGGCUACUUGGCGCCUACUAAGUUUUGAGAUUCAAUGUAGAAAUCCGCCAGUUGAGAGGCUUAGUUUCCAUUUACCAGAUAGCCAAACGGUCUUCUUUCAGGAUGAUGAAGAUGUUGAGACAGUAUUGAACAAAGAAACUUUGGGGCAAAGCAUGUUCACACAAUGGUUUGAGGCAAACAAAACUUUCCAAGAAGCUAAAUUGCUAACCUAUAUUGAGAUGCCUAAUAAAUUUGUGUGGAAGAAAAAUAUUCGUCAAUGGCAUCCACGUAAAAGAGGUUUUUCUAUUGGCUGUAUCUUUUAUGUUCCACCGGGUACUGGGGAAUUAUAUUAUCUACGAUAUUUGUUGAACAUAGUCAGGGGCCCAACAAGCUUUUCUGACAUAAGGUCAUAUAAUGGAGUACAGUACAAUACUUUUAAGGAGGCAUGUUAUGCGCGGGGAUUAUUACAAGAUGAUACUGAAUAUAUUGAUGCAAUAUUGGAAGCUAGCCAUUUUGCAACUCCCCACUCACUAAGAAAGUUGUUUGUUACUCUAUUAUUGUCAAAUACAAUGGCACGUCCUGAAAUUGUAUGGGAGAAGGUGUGGACACAUCUGGCUGAUGAUGCUCAACAUACCCAUAUAUUUCUAACUGAUGAAGAGAAAAUGAAUUUUGCGCUAAUGGAAGCAAAAACUGAUGGACAAUUUUAA